AUGCCUUCUUUGCUCAGGAUACUUAUAUUCAUUCGUAUUUUCUACCAAACAGUCACUAAUAUUGCUACAACAACAACUUCCACUACUACUACUGAGAACUUUGAAGGUGAAUUCUGGGAGGUAGAUAAUGGUAAAAUCUGGGCCGUUUUGGUAUCUGGAUCGAACGGUUGGUCUAAUUAUAGACAUCAAUCUGAUGUUUGUCAUGCUUAUCAUUUGCUUCGAGACAAGGGAAUUCCAGAAAGUCAGAUUAUCACCUUCAUAUAUGAUGACAUUGCUUACAAUCCUAGGAAUCCUUAUCCUGGCAAGUUAUUCAACGAUUACACCCAUACUGAUUACUAUGAAGGAGUGAAAAUCGACUACUCCGGUGAGAGUAUUACUGUGGAACGAUUUAUUCAAGUACUACUGGGCAACAACGAGUUGGCGUCAGCUGGUUACAAAGUUUUGAAAAGUGGCUCAGAGGACAACGUUUUCUUGUAUUUAGUUGAUCAUGGCGCUCCAGGCAUUUUUAAUUUUCCGAAUACAGAGAGUUUGACGGAUAUACAAUUGAAUGAAACACUAACCAAAAUGUAUAAUAAUGGACGAUACAAUAAACUUUUGUUAUAUAUGGGGGCGUGUUUUUCGGGAUCAAUGUUCUAUGGAAUAUUAUCACCAUCUAUAAAAGUAAUGGCAGUGACAUCAGCAAAUCAUAAUGAACUAAGUUGGGGAGCAUUUUGUCAUGAUCCGGAAUUGAAUACUUGUUUAGCUGAUGCAUUUUCAUACUGCUGGAUAGAAGAUUCAGAGACUCAUGAUAUAACAAGUCGGACAGUCGCUGAACAAUUUCGUACUGUGAAGGAUUCAGUUCAGAAGAGUCAUCCUGAACAAUAUGGUUAUUUGAAUUUAGGAUCUUUAGAAUUAUCGAAUUUUCAAGGGCAGAAUCCGUCAAAUAAACUAAGAAAUAGAACAAAAUCUCAACAAGCUAUGGAUUACAUAUCAGCUUCAGAUAUUCAUAUUUUCUCUGCACUGCAAAUAAUGAUGAAUAAGAAAUCAUAUGAUCAGAAUAUUAUGAAUUACAAACUUUUGAUGCGAUUGAUUAAUUUGCGAAGUCUAAUACGAAGAACUACCAAAGUUAUAUCAAACUUCGUCAAAACGCAUGAACCAAACACAACAAUUCCUGAAAUGGAUAAAAUUCUCUCAUGUCAACAUGAAGUUGUUCAAGCUUUUUCAAUAAACUGUUUCAGUGUACACCAGACAAAUGAUGCAGCGUCAGCUAUUCAACAGUUAACUGCAUUCUGUUCAGACGGAUAUAAUUCUGAUGUGAUCAUUAAAGGAAUCAUGACAGCAUGUGAAUAG